UAAAUUAAGUUGCUUUGUACAAUUUUUUUUCCCCUGGAGUUUAAAAGUGACAGUCAGUGCCGAGUCAUGAUUUUAUAAGGUUUUCUCGUCCAUCGACACGCAAACCUGCCCUUGUGGUCACAUAUUUGUGAGUGUAAAUACUGGUGUUUUUUUUUUUUGUGUGUGUGUAGUACAGUAUGAGGCCGAUCGACGCUUUAGAAAUUUGGGACUGUGCUGCUGUUCACUCAAAAGACCAACUACUUAAAUUAAAUUAAAACUACCUGUCUAAUUAAUUGGAUGAUAAAAUUACGUAUGAGGAAACUCGUGAGGGAGACAAUGAAGUUCUGCGAUCUGCAAAGUCAAAAAUAUCAAACAAGCCGGAUUUAAUAUCGUUAAAUGCAGGCUGCAAAGAACGCAUGAGGAUAUUUUGUACAUUCCUGAACGAAAUAUGUCUUUUGAGUUUGUUUUGUAGACACUCAAUAUCGAAUAUCGUCCAAGACGGUCAAUAGUUUCGGAAAUAAGACGGAAAAACUUCGUGCUAGAAGCCCGUGUAUACAAAGGCUAAAGGCAGAACACAGAAGUUAAUUUGUUUCAGUGAGCGACGUUCAUCAAAGGCAGAAUACCGACACCCGCCAGUCUCAAACCCAGGGCACGAUGUGGCUGUACAGCAGGUCCAGAGGAGAAGCAACUCUUGCUAUUCUCUUCCUGACGACAGGACUUCAAGGACGCCUGGCAACGGACAGAAAUUGGGGCGGUUCCGUGGAUGGUCACUGGGAAAUUCUGAAAGAUCUGUGUAACUUAUGGUCUCUGGAAAAUAUUGCUUUUAUCUACAGCACGUAUCCUGAAGAAGAACUACACGUCGGCCAGAUCUUAAAGGAAACAGCCGAAAUGUUCGCGGACACGGGAGUCAAAGUCCUCUUCCGGGAGGUGCCGCGUCCUUUGGAGCCUCGAACGUUCUCAAGCGUGAGGCGCUUCUCGUUCGUCGUGCCGACACCGGACGAGGAAACCGGACGCUAUCUUCAGCAGGCUUCUGCAGAAUUUCCGGGUCUGUUCGACUUGUUCAAGUGGAUCAUACUGGAGACGUCAGACACAAACGUCUCCAGUUUUCUUCUGUCCUUGGAAACAAUUUCUUUCCGCAGUCAGGUGGUGGUAGUUACUUCAAGACAUAGCACCACCUACACCGCUGAUCUGGUCGAGUGGUACCGCGUCGUCCCGGGCGGUCCACUGCGACACCAGCUUUUCGGACGGUGGUCGCGACCUGGCGGCGUCAUAACCAGUAGCAAAGACCUCUGGCAACGGAGGAGUGACCUGGAAGGUCUGCAGUUGAACGUAGUCACUGUCGAGGAUCCUCCGUUCGUGACGACGCUUCCAGGGCCUCAGGGGUACUUCGUGGACGUAUGGCGGGUGCUGGAAGCAGCUCUCAACUUCUCGAGUAGGUUUUCUGUAAUAAACGAGAAAACAUUUCCUUCGCUGGAACGGCGAUUAGCUGACCCAACCACCAAUGGGAGCGCAGAUGUGCUGUUGGCAGUCCUGACGGCGAAUUCUGUGGACCGGGUGUCAUAUUUAUCGGAUCCCGUCAUGAAGCUCAGGUUUCGGGUGUACAUCCGCAGGCCCGAACUGCCGUACUGGAAGGCGUUCGCGAUGCCGUUUGAUCUGGGCCUUUGCUGUCUCACCGUCGUCUUCCUGGUGGCUGCCUCUGUGAUGCUCGCCUUCAGCUACCGCUGGAGUCACCAGGAAGGACCCGUGGCUCUCACGUUACAGGACGCGCUCCUCGUCGUGUACGGGGCUCUACUGCAGCAAGGGAGUGAGCGGGCCCCUAAGAGUUGGGCUGCGCGCCUCGUACUCUGGGUGAGUCUCACGUUCGGCGUGCUCCUGUACACUGCCUACUCGGCCACCCUGAUCUCCAGCCUCGCCGUCCAGCGCAGCCAGUAUCCGUUCCUCAGCCUGGAACAGCUGCUGGAGAGCCCGUUCUGCGUCUGCGUAGUGCGCAAUUCUACGGCUGACGCCGUUCUGCGGCGUUCGCAAGACCGCGCUGUGUCUGAGUUAUACGAACAGAAGAUCAGAAGGGUACAAAGUUCCCGAGUUGCAAACGUCCCCGAAGGCCUGAAACUUGUGUCCAAAAAUAAGGCUGCUGCAUUCUUGGAUCUUGACGAGCGAAUCCGGGGUCAACUCGACGCGCUCGUCUGUCGUCUGGCCGACGUCCCCACCGAUCACUUCACUACAUACGGAGCGUUCGGCGUCAGACAGGACUUGCCCUACAAAAACGCCAUCGAUUAUUACCUGAGGAAAAUGUCGGAAGGAGGGAUUCAGAAGCGACUGCAGGGUCUGCACUGGUGGCAGUACGCGACCUGUUCGAGUGACAGAGUCAAGUCCAUUCGUCUGCGUCAUGUGACUGUCGUGUUCGUCUACCUGAUGGUGGGACUGCUCGUCUCGGCUGCGAAGUUGCUCUGUGAACUCGCCUCAAAGUGGGCACGUCGCACUGGAGGUGGCAGGCGCAUCGCGAGAAGCCCAUCUCACGGCAUCCGUCGGGACCCUGGUGAAACACCCUGUUUCCUGCACCCACUCGUAUUUGUCCAUGCAUCUGCACUUCUAGUCAUCGACACACCCUCACCAAGUCGAAAGCUCCACGACCUUCUGGAGCCUCAGAACACAGAUCUGCCCGUUACCUUCCGCUGCCACUGUCACCUAAUUUCUGAGUGACUAUUGCCAAAGGCCCUACCGUGCCGGGCGUGAAACUCCCAGGCGGUCUCCGCCCGGAACCGCUGCUUCCUCUCUCGUUGCCGUAGUGACAACCCCCCCUCUGCAUCUGAGCCGUCUCGUACAACUGCUUCUGCAUCACAGCCAGAGACACCUUGUUCGCCUGCAGGAAGUCCUUCAUGGAUAUCAUCUCUCCCGACAGACGCCUUCCUCCGCCGACGCCAUCGCCUUCGGAGUCAUAACCCAUGGAAUCGGAGUCGGCGUCUCUGCUCGA